UCAGGUCUGAUCCGGUUUUCCGGCGAGGAACUUCUCAUCACUCCGCUACCGCAGCAUUUGGCUUUACAACACAACUACAGUGCCCCCUCUGGACAUCACCCACAUGUCAUCUACAAGCGAUCAGCUGAGCGCAGAGUGCCCGCUGAUAAGACUGACUGGUCCAGCAGCGUUAAAUCAAACAACCCCUACGAGAGCCACCACCGUCAUCACCACCACCUCCGCCAUCACCAUGAGUACCAGCCCGGAAAGCUCCAGAGACAACACUUCUGCGGACGCCGCAAGCAAUAUACUCCCAAGCCUCCUACAGAGGAUCAUUUUGUCAUGCCUGAUGAGUUCGAGCAGCAAAGCCGGGUGAAGCGCUCAGAGAUUACAUCAAGCAAAGAGGGUGGCCUGAAUGUGGAAACUCUGGUGGUGGCAGACAGGAAGAUGCUGGAGAAACAUGGCAGAGACAACGUCACUACCUAUGUCCUUACUGUCAUGAACAUGGUCUCCAGUCUAUUCAAAGAUGGAACUAUUGGAAAUGAUAUCAACAUUGUUGUGGUCAGCCUCCUUCUACUUGAGAAAGAUCCG